UUGUACCGUAUUUUAAAGAAACCCGGAAGUACGUCACAAACUUGCGACGGCUACCAUUUUGAGGUGAACGGGAAGCUUUACGAUACUGCGUGUUUGUUGUUCAGUGCCUCGAUUUGGAGAAAAUAAGCAGUCGCCAUGGCUAUGCAAGCAGCAAAACGCGCCAAUAUUCGGCUACCUCCUGAGGUGAACAGAAUCCUGUACGUGAGGAACCUUCCUUAUAAGAUCACUGCCGAGGAAAUGUAUGACAUCUUUGGAAAAUACGGACCGAUUCGUCAAAUCCGAACAGGGAACACACCUGAAAGUAGAGGAACAGCUUAUGUCGUGUACGAAGACAUCUUCGAUGCCAAGAACGCCUGUGACCACUUGUCAGGCUUCAACGUCUGCAAUCGCUACUUGGUGGUUCUUUACUACAAUGCAAACAGAGCUUUCCAGAAAAUGGACACAAAGAAGAAAGAGGAGCAGCUGAAGCUUUUGAAAGAGAAAUAUGGUAUCAACACAGACCCUCCAAAGUAGAGUUCCACACACCUCCAGCUUUCCACAUUUCAGCUUUCCUGAUCUGUAAAAACCUCUCAUGUUGCUUGAUUGUAUCCUUGUAAUGACAUCCCAAUACAUUUAUUAAGAACAUCCUUUUUGGAUUUUUUUUUUCUUGUCUUUUUUUAACCUUUAUUUCACUAUCUGGAGGCUUUUUUUGUGACUAAUUUUCUGGGAUACGUACACAUUUUCAGAUUGAACUGGUAGUACUGGAGUUUAAAUCAGUGCUGUUCAGAGAAUGGCAGAAUAAUUCUUCAGUACAAAACAGGAUAGCAACGUAUUGGUUGUCCUAAUUUGAAACAACAUGUUUGUUUUUCUACAAGCUUUUAAUUUAAAGUUACCUUUUGUCCACCAUGCGUGAGAGGAAUUGAAGUGGAUGUCCACCACCCUUGUAAAGGAUAUAAUUUCUGUAAAAUAAAUGCUCUUUCUAUAA